AUGAUGAAAGAAUUCGAAUUCAUACAUAACGACAGGUAUUUCUUGGUUAAAUUUGCUUUGAUGAUUUCCUUGUCACUUAUCAUAAUCAUGGGCAACAGCUGGCUGAUCCUGAUUUAUUUGACCUCCGCCAAAAUGAAAAACAUGCCCAGAUAUAGAAUCAUUUUUUCGCUGGCGAUGGGCGAUUUACUUUUCGGCCUUGUAAUUGUAUUGAAGGACGCAUUUUCCACGGGUUGGAAGGUAUGGCUGUUUUCUUAUGAAGCCUGCAAAAUUUGGAAAUGUUUUACUAUCUUCCUAGCCAACGUCAGUGUACUUCACAUAGUUUUUUUGGCUGUAGAUCAAUACUUAAUCAUGAGAAACACUCUAAAUUACAUGGGUGAGAGCAUCAUAAAACGUUACAACAUUAGCUUGUCUAUCAUAUGGCUGAUUUGUUUCACCUUCGCGGCUUGUUUUUACUUCUGUAACCACUGUUUUCCGCCAUAUGGAAUUAUGCCCGGAGAAAAAAAUAUAUCCCCCAUUUUAUAUUGCCAACAAAAUUGUGACCUUUCGUCGAAUCGAACUAUAAGUGCGGUAAAUUUGCUGCCUGGCAACGAUGCGGUAACUUUGGAUGAUGACGGACAUUUCGGUUUGGUGAAGAGGAAAUGCUACAUGAAGAUAAAUUUAGAAGUAGCCCUGAUGUUUUCUAGUUUUUCAUUUUUCGCACCUAUCCUAAUAAUAGUGGUGUUUUGCGUAUUGCUCGUGACUAACCUUAGAAAGCACACUAAUAACAUAUUCAAAAUAGCUAACAUAACAAGUAAUUGCAAGAUUAAACGCAUAAAACAAGAUCAAAAGGCUAUCAAGUUCGUAAUUUUGCUCUUAUUCUGUUUUUUGAUUUGCUGGACACCUUUCUUCUCCAUGAUCCUGACCCUAUCGGUAAUUGAUAGAAUAUAUGACGACGAUUUUAUUCGAUGGACCCCUGAAUGGAUUAUCAUAUUGAUAACUUGGAUAGCUUACGCGAACAGUGCCGUAAACCCUAUCAUAUAUUUUUUCAUUCACCGCAGGCUUUUCCGCCACAAAAGGACUCUAGUCAAAUUGAUAGAGAACUCUAAGUUCGAUUACACAAGCCACACAAGAUUAAGUCUCAUCAGUACCUCUUCUUGUAAGGUCAAAAAGUGGCAGAGCAAUAUUUUUAAUUAAAUUACGAUUGUAAUGUGACUUAUGGCCUCAUUUAUAGUA